AAGGAGCGUCUUCUAGAUGGAGACGUAUUUUCUACAUUCGCGUAAUUCCCAAAUCCCCCCUACCUUUCCCCCCCAGUUUUGCGGGAAGCGCUAGAAGUUAGGAAACACUGGGCGGCGUUCCGUCCAUCUACGAUGGAGACCGGGCUGGGGUGUGAAAAUUGAACGGUGAAAGUGGGUUGGCAUCAGAUGCCCGAAUCCUGGCUUUAGUCCGGCAGGAACAAGUUCAUCCCGAUCCCGCAAAUCCGUGCUUGAGUCCAGUGGCCAAACUGGAAGAUCGAAGAAUGCCCGUCAAGAAGAAAGAUACGGAUCGGGCUUUGGCGCUGUUGGAAGACUACUGCGAAAAGCUAAGGAAACCAGAGGAGCAGCAACUGAGAAAAGCAGUCAGGAAGGUGAUGGGCAUCUUCAAGAGCAGCUUGUUCCGGGCUUUACUCGACAUUCAAGAGUUUUACGAGGUGACGUUGCUCGACAACCAAAAAAGCUGUGAGCAGAAGAUAGAAGAAGCGAACCAAGUCGCGGAGAGGUGGGAGAAGACGAAGUCUCUCGGCCCAGCCCGGGACGGCGGCCACAGAGUCCCAGAGCUUGUAGGAUUCAGUGGAACCGGCGGGCGUGUUUUAUGUGAUGAACAAAACCAAGAGACCCAGUGUUUGGAAAAUCAGCCCGAUGAGGCAAAGACCCAGCAAAACCAAGGCAAGUGCCCGGCCCCAAACUGUGCCCUCGAAGGACCCACCUGGAUGCCCGUUCAUCACUGUCCCAAGUAUCGCUAUCAGGAUGACGAGGCCCACCACGAUCAUACCCUACCUCGCCUGACGCACGAAGUGCGGGGACCCGAGCUCGUCCACGUAUCCGAGAAGAACCUGUCGCAGAUAGAAAACGUGCAUGGCUACGUCUUGCAGUCGCACAUCUCCCCUCUGAAGGCCAGCCCUGCUCCGAUCAUCGUCAACACUGAUACUUUGGAUACGAUUCCGUAUGUGAACGGAACAGAAAUCGAAUAUGAAUUUGAAGAAAUCACACUGGAGAGGGGUAAUUCGGGCCUGGGCUUCAGUAUUGCUGGAGGGACCGAUAACCCGCACAUCGGAGAUGAUCCCGGCAUAUUUAUCACCAAGAUUAUCCCGGGAGGAGCAGCGGCCGAAGAUGGCAGGCUCAGGGUCAACGACUGCAUCCUGAGGGUGAACGAGGCGGACGUCUCCGAGGUCUCGCACAGCAAGGCGGUGGAGGCUCUCAAGGAGGCGGGCUCCAUCGUGAGGCUGUACGUCCGCAGGCGGCGGCCCAUCCUGGAGACCGUCGUCGAGAUCAAACUCUUCAAAGGGCCCAAAGGCCUGGGCUUCAGCAUCGCGGGCGGAGUAGGGAACCAACACAUCCCCGGGGACAACAGCAUCUACGUCACCAAGAUUAUCGACGGCGGAGCAGCCCAGAAAGAUACAAGGUUGCAAGUUGGAGACCGGCUACUGAUGGUAAAUAACUACAGUUUAGAAGAAGUAACCCACGAAGAGGCCGUAGCGAUCCUGAAGAACACAUCCGACGUGGUUUACCUAAAAGUGGGCAAACCCACCACGAUUUAUAUGACCGAUCCCUAUGGCCCACCUGACAUUACUCACUCGUAUUCUCCGCCAAUGGAAAACCACAUACUCUCUGGCAACAAUGGCACUUUAGAGUAUAAAACAUCCCUGCCGCCUAUUUCCCCGGGAAGAUACUCACCUAUUCCAAAGCACAUGCUUAUGGAGGACGACUACACCAGACCUCCUGAACCCGUUUACAGCACCGUGAACAAACUGUGUGAUAAACCUUCGUCUCCUCGUCACUAUUCCCCCGUGGAAUACGACAAAAGCUUCCUCCUCUCGUCUCCCUAUCCCCACUACCACCUCGGCCUGCUCCCCGAUGCUGAGAUCACCAGCCAUUCCCAGCACAGCGCUGGAACCCGCCAGCUGUCCAUGACGCUACAGAGAACCAUUUCCCUGGAAGGGGAGCCUCGGAAGGUCGUCUUGCAUAAGGGCUCCACCGGGCUGGGCUUUAACAUCGUGGGCGGAGAAGACGGAGAAGGCAUCUUUGUGUCCUUCAUCCUGGCGGGCGGGCCGGCGGAUCUGAGCGGGGAGCUCCAGCGGGGGGACCAGAUUCUGUCUGUAAACGGCAUUGACCUCCGCGGCGCCUCUCACGAGCAGGCCGCGGCAGCGCUCAAGGGGGCGGGACAGACGGUGACGAUCAUCGCCCAGUACCAACCCGAAGAUUACGCCCGGUUUGAGGCAAAAAUCCAUGACUUGCGUGAACAGAUGAUGAACCACAGCAUGAGUUCAGGUUCCGGCUCCCUGAGAACCAAUCAAAAGCGCUCGCUCUACGUCAGAGCCAUGUUCGACUAUGACAAGAGCAAAGACAGCGGACUCCCGAGCCAGGGCCUCAGUUUCAAGUACGGAGACAUCCUGCACGUCAUCAACGCCUCAGACGAUGAAUGGUGGCAAGCGAGGAGGGUCGGACUGGAUGGGGACAGCGAGGAGAUGGGUGUCAUCCCCAGCAAACGGAGGGUGGAGAGGAAGGAACGGGCCCGGUUGAAGACCGUGAAGUUUAACGCCAAGCCAGGAGUGAUUGACGCAAAAGGGUCAUUCAAUGACAAGCGUAAAAAGAGCUUCAUCUUUUCACGAAAGUUUCCAUUCUACAAGAACAAGGAGCAGAGUGAGCAGGAAACAAGUGACCCAGAACAACAUGUUUCUUCUAAUGCCAGCGAUAGCGAAAGUAGCUACAGAGGCCAGGAAGAUCUCAUUCUGUCUUAUGAGCCUGUCACCAGACAGGAGAUUAAUUACACGAGGCCGGUUAUCAUCCUGGGCCCCAUGAAGGACCGGAUCAAUGACGACUUGAUAUCCGAGUUCCCCGAUAAGUUCGGCUCCUGCGUCCCACACACCACGAGGCCGAAGCGGGACUACGAGGUGGAUGGCAGGGACUACCACUUCGUCAUUUCGAGAGAACAGAUGGAAAAGGACAUCCAAGAGCACAAAUUCAUCGAAGCCGGGCAGUACAACGAUAACCUAUAUGGGACCAGCGUGCAAUCCGUGAGAUUCGUAGCGGAAAGGGGCAAGCACUGUAUACUCGACGUUUCAGGAAACGCUAUUAAACGGUUACAAGUCGCACAACUCUACCCCAUCGCUAUCUUUAUAAAGCCGAGGUCACUGGAGCCACUGAUGGAAAUGAAUAAACGACUUACAGAGGAACAAGCCAAGAAGACGUACGAUCGAGCCAUCAAGUUAGAGCAGGAAUUCGGAGAAUAUUUUACAGCUAUCGUUCAAGGGGAAACUUUAGAAGACAUAUAUAACCAAUGCAAACUCGUCAUCGAAGAACAAUCAGGGCCCUUCAUCUGGAUCCCCUCCAAGGAGAAGUUAUAAAGUAGGUCCCGUGCCUCCGACUUCCCGCAGGAGCAUAACUAGAAGAAUAUAUCAUACUCUACUCCUCGGAGGCUUUUCUGUUUCUGUUGCAUUUACGUUCUUGCGGUCAAUGUGAAUUUUUAUGAAUGUAUGACACAAAAGGGGGGGGAAGC